UCUGAUGAUAGUAUCCCUAUUACUAGAGAAGCUGAACAUAUAAAUGAAGAAGAUGCAAGGAAUUCUUCUGCACCAAAUGGAGUUGACUCUGUGGCAGAAGCUAAAAAUUCGUCAAAGAUUAUGCAUUCGAUUAUCUUGACUUCGGAUAAGGAUGCUGUAUAAGUAAAUUUGACAUUAUAAAAUAUUCAAGUUAAUGUUUGAGAAAGAAUGUACUUUGUAACUAAAACACUACAGUAGAGAAGGCAUAUUCUGUUCCUAUUUUUAGUGAAAUUUAGUUAUUGGUUAGUGUUAGGUACUUGUCUCAGUGAAGAGUCAUGCACUUUAUAAAGGUCAAUACGCUUGCCUAUUCUGAGCUCUGCCAGUUUCCAUAUUCUUUUCAAGAAAUCAUUGCAUUGAGUGUUUUUUUAAUCACGAAACACCUUCUCAGUCGUUUCUAAACACAUUUUCAUGAUGAUUAUCUAUAUAAUAAAUUACUUGUUCAAUGAUGGGGUGAUUUUUCAAACACUGCGCAAGUUUGUUUCAUAUUUUAGCUCUUCAUAAAUUUUAUACUGUGAGCUUGAGGCAGAUGGUAUCUAUUUAGAAUAGUCUUUCAAAAAGAAUAACAUAAUUUGAUUUUUAUUAAAUUUGUCUUAACUGAUUCUUGGCACUUGUGUGAGAGAUUUUUUUUAAGAAGUGACUAUUAGAAAAGUUUCUUAUUUUAUCUUCUUAUUUUUUUAUUUUUUUUUGGUGAAUGUGUGAUUGAAAAUUAGGGAAAAGUUAUGGGAAAACGUGAAAAAUAAAUCAUUUUUAUUUUGGGAGAAUGUGUGGUUGAAAAUGAGUGUGGAGAGAAGUGAUUCUCAAAGAAUCAAAAUCAGACAAGGGCUUGGUCUUCAUUUUUCUGAACAGUAAGAGUAAGAGAAUAAUUGUGAAUCUUGUUAAAUCAUUUUUUCUUUAAGGCAGUCCACCAAUAUACUGGGGACAUCGGAAGGUGGGGAGCAACUUUCAGGCAUUCAUCUUGAAGAUUUGAUUGGGAUGAUAAGAAAUGCUGAAAAAAAUAUUCAUCUUCUUAACCAUGCUCGCAUCCGUGCACUAGAUGAUCUUGAAAAGAUUCUUCAUGAAAAAGAGGUUCUACAGGGAGAAAUCAAUAUUUUGGAGACGAAACUGGCUGAAACUGAUGCACGGCUGAGAGUAGCUGCUCAAGAAAAGAUACACGUAGAACUCCUUGAAGACCAAUUAGAAAAGCUACGAAAUGAAUUGUCUAGCAGGAAUAGCAGCGAAGAGCUCGUGUACAAUGUGAAUAAUUCACUCCCUUUUUCUCAAAGUAAUGAUGUGAAUUCUUAUAGUGAAGAAUUCGAUGUAUGGAAAACAGAAAAUAUCUCACUCAAGAAUGAGCUACAAGCUCUAAAGACACAGCUUUUUAAUCUCAAGAAAACAGAUGAACGUGUUCAAAUAUUGGAGGAAGAAAGAAUAUCUUUGGAAUCAUCUCUAAAAGAAUUGGAGUUUAAAUUCUCUGCUUCUCAGGAAGAUGUUUCCAACAUUUCUUCUCUAAAAGCAGAAUGCAAAAAUCUGUAUGAGAAGGUGGAGCAUUUGCAGCAGUUGUUAGAAAACGCAACCAAACAGGCUGACCAAGCUAUUUUAGCAUUACAGCAAAACCAGGAGCUCCGUAAAAAGGUUGACCAGCUCGAAAAAUCCCUUGAAGAGGCUAAUGUCUAUAAGCUCUCAUCAGAGAAAAUGCAACAAUAUAAUGAACUAAUGCAACAAAAAAUACAAAUUCUCGAUGAGCGUCUUCAAAGGUCAGAUGAAGAAAUAGAAUCUUAUGUUCAAUUAUAUCAAAACUCUAUGAAGGAAUUUCAAGAUACGCUUACUAAUUUGAAAGAAGAAAGCAAGAAAAGAUUACGUGAUGACACUGUAAAUGAAAUGCCUUCGGAAUUUUGGAGUCGAUUAUUGCUAAUGAUUGAUGGAUGGUUUCUCGAGAAGAAGGUUUCAGCGGAAGAUGCAAUGCUGUUGAGAGAUAUGAUUUGGAAGAGAGAUGGAAGUAUUCAUAAUGCAUACAUGUCAAGUAAGGAAAAGACUGAGCGCGAAACCAUUGCCACAUUUCUCAGAUUAACAUCAUCAACGUCAAGUCCAAGAUUACAUGUCAUUCAUAUUGCAGCUGAGAUGGCACCCGUUGCUAAGGUUGGUGGUUUAGGUGAUGUUGUGACUGGUCUAAGUAAAGCACUGCAGAAGAAAGGUCAUCUUGUGGAAAUUGUGCUGCCAAAAUAUGACUGCGCGCGUUAUCAGCUUGUUCAAGACUUAAAGGCCUUAAACGUGCCUGUUGAGUCGUACUUCGAUGGCCGAUUAUACAAAAAUAAAAUCUGGACAGGCACUGUUGAAGGCCUUCCUGUUUAUUUUAUUGAGCCUCAACAUCCUGGUAAUUUCUUCUGGAGAGGUCAAUUUUAUGGAGAGAACGAUGAUUUUAAGAGAUUCUCAUUCUUCAGCAGGGCGGCACUCGAACUACUUCUACAAGUUGGCAAGAAACCAGAUAUUAUUCAUUGUCAUGAUUGGCAGACAGCUUUUGUUGCACCGCUUUAUUGGGAUCUAUAUGUGGCAAAAGGACUUAAUUCAGCUAGAAUUUGUUUUACAUGCCACAAUUUUGAAUAUCAAGGAACUGCACCAGCUACAGAAUUAGCAUCAUGUGGUCUUGACGUUUAUCAUCUAAACAGACCAGAUAGGAUGCAGGACAACUCGGCACAGGAUAGGAUAAAUCCUAUUAAGGGUGCAAUUGUAUUUUCCAAUAUUGUGACAACAGUUUCACCAACCUAUGCACAAGAGGUGCGGAGUGCUGAGGGAGGACAAGGCCUUCAUGCAACACUUCACUCUCAUUCUAAGAAGUUUGUUGGAAUUCUAAAUGGAAUUGAUACUGAAGCAUGGAAUCCAGCUACUGAUAAUUUUCUAAAAGUUCAGUAUAAUGCGUAUGAUAUUGAGGGCAAAGCAGAAAAUAAAGAAGAUUUAAGAAGAUGUCUCAGGCUUUCUUCUCGUGAUGUCAGGCGGCCAUUAGUAAGUCUGUAUGGUUUUUAUACUGAAUAGCCCUACUGCCGUAAUGGAAGGACAAUAAAUUGGAAUUAAAUCAUGUGGCAGUUUCCAAUUUCGACAAAAAUAUAAAUAUUCUGUACCCUAGGAAAAUGUGCGCCUAUUGAUACAUAUUGCUUGAUGUAGAGGUAAAUACCUAGAGUUGACAACCUAAUAUUGUGGAUUUUGAAUUUGCAUUCUUUGGCAUAAAUGUUGCCAAGUUCUUCAGUCAGCUGAUUUAUUCCCUAUAGUUUUGUCCAUUAAGUUUUUCCACCGAGAGUUGGAAGGAAGAAUUAUCCAUUUCAAAUGAACUCACGGUUGGAGCGAGUUCUGUUUCAUAUGUAACUGACUUGGAAUUUGCUGAAUUUUGGCUGCUGGUGGUGUUUUCCGCCAUUGACCUGCCAUGUUUGGGUUAGAGCCGUGGCUCUGAUACCAUAUGGAAUGAAGAGAAAAAAAUAUGUAUUCCAUAUUGCUCAAUGAUUAUUACAAGCAUUCCGCACUCAAUAUAUAAUACAAUAGGAGAUGAUGGGAAGGAAUGUAAUCUUCUAAAUAAGGAAAAAAUAAAAUUAUUCCUAACUAAACAAUUAAACAUAAUUUACAAUUAAUCAAGUAUCCCAUAAUUUCGGGAUUUCUUCAUCGCUCUCCAACUCUUUUCCUUUCAUAGAUUCCUCUCUGCGUGAGAAUGUCAUUUCUAGAAUUAACAAGAGUAGGAUUAGAAGAAAUUGGAAAACAAAUGGAGCUUCCAGGUGUAGCAACCGGUAAGACUUCCCAAAUGCAAUCAUCCUUUUUGUCACUCUCCCCUGAAGAA